UUUUACACUCUGCUUGGAACCCACCCCCGGUGAAGCCGGCCACUGUCUGUAUAUAGCAGCGUGGAUUCCUUCCUUGCUUGUGUAGGAGGAGUCGCUGUGUGUACUGUGUUAGCAUCUCAGCAAGGCGAAAAACUGAGACGGGGCAGCACGCUUUGUAACCCUCACACUGGGGGGAUUGGAUGAAACGGGGAAAACAUUUUACUUUGGCGUGUAAGCUGCUGCAAGAACUUAAUGGUCUUUUCAUUAAAUACACGUUGUUCAUUUUUAACUGACAUUUGGAAGUCUAGUUUUUCUGCUAAUAUUGGAAGAACAAAAAUAUCGACGGAGCUGUAACGGGCACCCAGCGCCAGCAAGCUAGGUCGCUCAGCCAGGAAGGAGGUGUGUGGCAGAUUGUACUUUUAAUUAUUUAAACUCAUUGAAGAGAUAGAUUAUUGUUUACAGUGCUGUCGUGCACGCGAAAGAAAGAGUGUAUCAAAAUAUUGUUAAGAAUUAUUAACUGGUGGUGCCAUGUCCGCGCCAUCAUCAAACACAUCCCAGGGUCUAGCCGUGGAUUUGGCUCUCAAGCCCAUCGGCCAAACCCACAGCCAGAGCCGCUUUCAGGUCGAUCUGGUGGCGGAGGCAGCCGGAGCUGCGUCUGGUGGCGAUCCCUCUCAGAGUACCAAACCGACGACAGCAUCACCAGAUGCAACCGGGGACAAACCUGCUUCAGACAGUAGCAAGCAAGCUUCAUCACAGCAUCCACCCGGGGGCGAGGAAGCCAAAGGCAGAUUCAGGGUUGUCAACUUUGUGGACCCAUCUGGCGCCGAGAGCCCUCCAGAACUCAACGCUGUGAACACCGAAGGUUUCCAGAAUGGGGAUACGGUUAUGAGCGAAGGGAGCCUACACUCCUCCACUGGAGGCCACCAUCAUUAUUACUAUGACACCCAUACCAAUACCUACUACCUGAGGACUUUUGGUCACAACACUAUCGACGCGGUACCUAGGAUCGACUUUUACAGGCAGACGGCCGCGCCACUUGGGGAGAAGCUGCUGAGACCCAGCCUGGCAGAGUUGCACGAUGAGCUGGAUAAGGAGCCCUUUGAGGACGGCUAUGCAAAUGGAGAAGAAACCACUCCUGCACAAGAGGCAGCAGCCAAGGAAGCGAAUGAGGGCAAAGGUGUUGUGAAGUUUGGCUGGAUUAAAGGUGUACUGGUACGAUGUAUGUUGAACAUCUGGGGCGUAAUGCUCUUUAUUCGCAUGACGUGGAUUGUCGGGCAAGCUGGCAUUGCUCUUUCCUGUGCUAUUAUCUUGAUUGCAACAGUUGUGACAACCAUCACUGGAAUGUCCACUUCAGCCAUAGCGACCAAUGGCUUUGUGCGAGGAGGAGGGGCGUAUUACCUGAUAUCCAGAAGUCUGGGACCCGAGUUUGGAGGGUCAAUCGGCCUCAUAUUUGCCUUUGCGAAUGCAGUAGCAGUGGCCAUGUAUGUUGUGGGCUUCGCGGAAACCGUUGUGGAGAUGCUGAAGGAAAGUGAUUUACUCAUGAUUGAUCAAACCAAUGACAUCCGAAUCGUUGGCACUAUCACCAUCAUUUUGCUGCUUGGAAUCUCAGUAGCUGGAAUGGAAUGGGAGUCUAAGGCCCAACUUGUUCUGCUGGUUAUCCUGAUAGCAGCCAUUUUCAAUUAUGUUAUUGGAUCAUUUAUCCCCAUGGAGUCUAAAGAAUCCAAAGGAUUCUUUGGAUACAAAGGUGAAAUAAUGAUGGAGAACAUGGGUCCUGAUUUUCGAGACGGAGAGACUUUCUUCUCUGUCUUUGCCAUUUUCUUCCCUGCUGCAACGGGGAUUCUUGCUGGUGCGAACAUCUCUGGGGAUCUUGCGGAUCCGCAGUUAGCCAUCCCAAGAGGAACUCUGUUAGCCAUCUUGAUAACUACUAUCGUUUACCUUGGAAUUGCUUUUUCUACAGGUUCUUGUAUCGUGCGUGAUGCCACAGGGAAUAUUAAUAGUACCAUUGUUGGAACGCUUACAAAUUGCACUCAAGCAGCUUGUAAAUCCGGUUAUGAUUUCUCUUCCUGCACAAGCAUGACAAAAUGCGCAUACGGCCUCCAGAACGACUUCCAGGUAAUGAGCUUGGUGUCAGGAUUUGGACCUCUCAUUUCUGCAGGCAUCUUUUCAGCCACUCUUUCUUCAGCUUUGGCUUCUCUAGUGAGCGCACCCAAAGUCUUUCAGGCUUUGUGCAAGGACAAUAUCUACCCAAGUCUUCAGGUGUUUGCAAAAGGAUAUGGCAAGAACAAUGAACCGCUGCGUGGCUACAUGCUCACCUUUGUGAUUGCUCUGGGAUUCAUAUUGAUUGCCGAGUUAAACACCAUCGCUCCCAUCAUUUCCAACUUUUUCCUGGCCUCCUAUGCCUUGAUCAACUUCACUGUGUUCCAUGCUUCUCUGGCAAAGUCCCCAGGUUGGCGCCCUGGAUUCAAAUACUACAACAUGUGGGUCUCACUCGUUGGAGCUAUCAUGUGCUGUGCUGUGAUGUUUGUCAUUAACUGGUGGGCAGCCUUGGUUACGUACGUCAUUGUCCUGGCCUUGUACAUCUAUGUCACCUAUAAGAAACCAGAUGUGAACUGGGGUUCUUCAACUCAAGCUUUGACCUACCUCCAAGCACUGCAGCACUCCAUUCGCCUUACUGGUGUAGAGGAUCACAUCAAAAAUUUCAGACCACAGUGCCUGGUAAUGAUUGGUCCUCCAAAUUCCCGUCCAGCGCUGCUCAAUCUGGUCGAUGCCUUUACGAAAAACGUUGGCCUCAUGGUCUGCGGACAUGUUCGCAUGGGCCCUCGCAGGCAAGCUUUUAAGGAACUGGCAAACGAUCAGGCUCGAUAUCAACGCUGGUUACUAAGGAACAAAACCAAGGCAUUCUAUACUCCAGUGUACGCAGAGGACCUCCGGGAGGGAUGCCAGUUCUUGCUACAGGCUGCCGGUCUGGGGCGACUGAGACCCAACACCCUGGUUGUUGGCUUCAAGAGUAACUGGAGAGAUGGAGAUAUGAAGGAUGUGGAGACAUACAUUAAUAUGAUGCAUGAUGCAUUUGACUUUCAGUAUGGAGUGGUGGUCAUUAGACUGAAAGAAGGACUUGAUAUUUCCCAUAUUCAAGGACAAGAAGAACUUCUGGCCUCUCAGGAGAAAACGGCUACUCCAAAGGAAGUAGUGGUGCAGGUUGAUCAAGGCAAAGAGUCUGAUGCUGACUCGUCUAAACCAUCUUCCAAAGCAACCAGCGAGCACAACAGCCCUGCUAUUCAGAAAGGUGAAGAAGACGAUCGCAAGGCUCCAACGCAGCCACUGUUGAAAAAAGAAGCAAAAAGUCCUUCUACCCCAUUAAACAUGGCUGACCAGAAACUGCUGGCGGCUAGCAAACAGUUCCAAAAGAAACAGGGCAAAGGAACUAUAGAUGUCUGGUGGCUCUUUGAUGAUGGCGGCUUGACGCUGCUGAUCCCAUAUCUGCUCACCAACAAGAAGAAGUGGAAGGACUGCAAGAUCAGAGUGUUUAUUGGUGGGAAAAUAAAUAGGAUAGACCAUGACAGAAGAACAAUGGCUACUUUACUCAGCAAAUUCAGGAUGGACUUCUCAGACAUCACUGUCCUUGGAGACAUCAACACAAAGCCAAAGAAAGAAAACAUCGCAGUGUUCGAGGAAAUGAUAGAGCCCUUCAAACUCAAUGACGACGACAUGGAACAAGAUGCCGCAGAGAAAAUGAAAGCCGAGGAACCCUGGAAGAUCACUGAUAAUGAGCUGGAGAUUUACAAGACCAAGACCUAUCGCCAAAUCCGACUGAAUGAAUUGUUGAAGGAGCAUUCAAGCACAGCGAACCUCAUUGUCAUGAGCAUGCCCCUGGCCCGAAAGGGGGCUGUGUCCAGUGCUCUCUACAUGGCCUGGCUGGAAACCCUUUCCAAAGACCUGCCACCCAUACAACUUGUGCGUGGCAACCACCAGAGCGUCCUCACCUUCUACUCCUAAACAUGUGGUGCUCAGGGGCGGACCUCUUUCCCCCACACGGUGCGACUGCAGUGUCUAGACACACCUUUUAGAAGACUUUGAAGAAGCUGCACCGCCACUGCAAGGAGAAAGGGUCUGUCUCUGUGGGCAAAGCAGCACCAGUCCCAUCAGCCUGAAAGGACACACAUGACUGGAGGGGGGUCGCAGGUCAUGGUGACUCCAGUUUCAACCUUUUUGACCUGAAGGAUCUAGGAUUUGUUUUUGUUUUCUUAGAUUUGAAUGUUAAAAUUCUUAAUUUUACAAAAACAUAACGAGAAAAACAAAACUGUGAGCAGUUUGGGGGUUUCUUUUUGCUUCUUAAAUGACUAUUCUUUUUGCUACUUGACAAGCAGCAAUAAUCAUAUGUUAGUUUUCUUUUUCUUCUGUUGGAGAAACUGAAAAACAUUGCAUUACACUUUGCAAAACCUUCCUAGCCUUAUUCAGGUGCCUUCCACAAAAAAAUGUCAUAAAUAAAUAAAAUCCUGACCAAAUUUAAUUUUAUUUAUUUAAAAUUGUGUUAUAUAUAUAUAUAUAUAUAUAUAUAUAUAUAUAUAUAUAUAUAUAUGUAUGUGUGUGUGUUAAAUUAUGACUGCAGUGAGGACUUUAUACGAGUAGAACUCCUUAAAUUAGUGGUCUCUUCCACUUGUGGGCACAAAAGAAGCUGCUUUUAUGUUUUGUUCCACACUGUUUCUGUCUUCCUUGGAGCUGUGAAUGAAUCUGUUUCUAUAAAAAUCCCUCCACAUACACUUAGAACCACCUCAGAAAGCCUUGCAUAUUACAAAUAAAAGGGGAGUGAACCUUCAGAAAAACAGAGCAGACCAGAUCACCCAAAGUUCUGACUUCAUCCAAAGCAAAUGCUAUCCUUGCAAAGAACAGAAUUUUCAGUGUGAUGCUUAAUGUUGUGCAUGUUUAUUUGUGCAAUAGUGUGCUGACAGAUUACAGCAUUACAGGUAACAAAGAGCAUUAAUCUGAACCAAAUAUAAGUAGCUCUGGUCAAUGUAAUCCAAAUCCUCAACGGGUGUUAUUUAAAACUAAUAUCUGUCAUUGUUCACACAUCUCCUAAACAAGUACUAAGUUUUAUGUAAGGCAAGGCCUUUUACCUUUGUUAUGUCUACUAAAACCAUUUGUUUCUGGUCCAGCAGCUGGUACCUGUGCGCAGGUCAGGGUGAAGGGAGUUUUAUCAGUUUUAGACCAUGUCUAAUGUUCUAAUUUAUUAAUAGUAACUAAUAAGUGAUUGGGGAAGCCACAGGCUUUUCCAGAUUAAGGCAUGUGCUUCCAAAGCACAAAAGAUGAAUCUGCCUUAAUUAAAGUUGAUAUAAAGAUCACUUUUAAAUGUAUCGGAUCUACAUUAUUUCAGACAUCCUUUUGUAACUAAACCAUCUCAGACCCCCACAUCCCACAGCUGCCCAGCAAAUAUAAUUGUUUUAAAAUGUUUAAAUAUAGUCAUUUGUAUGUUUAGAAAUAAAAAAAAUAGCAUUUUUGAGAUCUAGUUUUAUCUGCAAAUAAAAUAGCUAUAACCUUGAAUGUAGCCCUAAAUGACUAAUUCAGAAAAUACAACUUAGUUAAUGAUAUAACUAAUAAAGAAGGCCACCUUAAAAUGUCUUUGAUCCUGUUCCUGAAUUAUGUUAUGUGGCUUGUCUUACAACAUCAGAGGUAGUUGAAACCAUUGAUUCAGCUGACAUGGACUGACCCAGUAGAAAGCAAUGGGACUGUAUAAUUCAACCCAUUUGCUAUGUAACACCUACCUAUGGAAAGGCGAGUGCUAGUGAGAGCCUCGUCUAUAAUGAUGAAGGGUAAGCAUGAGAAUAUAUUUAUUUAAUUUUCACUACUGAGUUCAGUGAGGAUUGUCAAAGAAAUUGCCUUUUUAGAAGUAGCACAGCCAAUAUUGUACACUACAUAACCCGAUAUAUUUGCAGGAUAAUAUUUCUGACAACUGAACACAGGGUCACAUGAAAAUACGUAUUAACGUAUUCUAUAUAUAUAUAAUUUUUUUUAUUGAUUGGUAUUAUAUAUUUUUUUUUUAAUGAGUUGGAUAUAUAUGCCUUAUGUAUCCAGCUGUUGAGACUGUGAGGUUAUUUUUUUUUAUGAUCAUUAGUAAUAGUAGGCAUCCACUGAUUAUGCAAAGCGAUUUGUUUGUAAUGCACAUGUAUUUAUGUAUUUAACCCCCUUCAUGAAUCAAAGAAAUAUCUGAUUCUGUGUUCCCAGAGGCCUCUUUGCAAUCUUAAAUGCCCCAGCCAUUAGAAUUGCAGCCUGUGGUGACAGAGCAGUAAGACUGCUUUUCAUGGUAAAGCAAGCAUCCCUGAUGUGUAUAAUUGAUGUGUUCCUCAGAACCCAGUUCUAUAAAUCGGUGCAUGCUGUACACCUACUGUAUAAUCACACCAGCUCUGUACACCAUAACAUCUCUACUGCAGUCUUUUUUUGUCUUGGAAAGUCAGCCCACACACACAAGCCAGGAGGCUGGAAAAAUAACCUCAGCACUCUAAGUCAUUUUUGUGCUGCUUUCAGGUGCAUUCUACAAUUGCACUUUCUUCACUAAAUGCAACAUGGGAAGCAAUUGUAAGCCUAUCAAAAUGUGGUGGCAGGCAUUCCUGGAGAUACUGUAAAAUGUAAUGAAUGUAAAAAUUUAAAUAGUCACCUUUCUGGCUGUUGAAGAUUUGUGUGAACUUAACCGAAAUAAGCACGAAUCUUCAUUAAAAGUGAUUUAUUUUUUAUUUUUAUUUUUUUUUAAGUUUGAUACCAUUUCAAUGUACAUGAGUAAAGCAUACUGACUCCUGGUUAACGUAUGUUCUUGGUAGCUAACACAGUCCUCUACAACUGUCUAGUACACCCAGGUAGUAUACCUCUGAGUACUGCUUAAAUAUCACAAAAAGAACAGAUUUAACUUGACACCUGUUACUGUUGCUAAUGGUCUUUCAAAUACAGUGUGUUUUUGUGUGUGUGUGUACAUUUCUAUAAAUACACAGAACAGAUGUAAAAUGAAUAGAUAACGUAGGAUCCUUAUACUUCUUGUGUCUGGUACUACUGUGCCACUAUCCAGUACUUCAAGAAUAUUCCACAAUGGUUUUCCAUUUCAGUUAUCUGAUGCUGGCAAGCUUUGUGGUUAUUCCAUUUUUAAUGACAUCUUUUCACCAGUUUGUCUGUCUUGUGUUUUAUAGCCAAAGCCAAUCGUAGGUAAAAACAAUUACAAUUAAAAAAGAAGUAAAAGCGAUGGUCAUCCUUAUUACUAUUUGGCCUAGUUUGCACCAUAUAUUUAAUAGUAACCUGUAAAUAACUAAUAACAUAAUAGAAAUAAAUUAAGAGUGACUAUAUUCAUGAAAAAAAUUUAAUGGUUAACAUUAUGUAUUUUUUGUUCUCUUGGUAUCUAAUGUUUUAUGUUGAUUUUUUUUGUUGGGAUUUAGAUUUUUUUAAACAUUUGUCUUUUAAUUCACUUUUACAGUUUCUGUACAUUUACUAUCUUUUAUAUAACUUUUAAAAGAAGCUAUGUUAGAAAUUGGUUUAAAAGCCUGCUUUUUCUUUUUCCCCCACUGGGGUAGAACUAAUCUAUCCAAAAUGGCUGAAAUUGUAAUUUUUUGAUAAAAUAUACUGUUACUGUCACAAAUAUGCUUUUCUAAUAUUAUUUUAACAUUAAGAGUAUUGCAGAGGAUUUGUACAUCUUUAUUGCAAUAAAGAAAAUCAAACGAAACCAACAAA